AUGCAUUUUCAACAUUUUGCUAUCCUUGCAUUCAUCGUGAUAUCAUCCAAUAUUACAUCAGCAACAAUGAUGAAUUCAUUAAAUUUUCAGGUUGAACAGUUGUGGAUGAACCCAGCGCUCACAAAAAGAAACAUUGGAACUAAAUUUCGGUAUCCCAAAAAUAAAUUAGUCUCUGCUUUUAAACAAGGGAAUCCCGAGAUGUCUGAAUAUGCAAACCACGAGUUAAGCCGUCGAUAUAAAAUACUGCGCUACCGGGACGAUAAAACAACUCCUCCAUAUUUAAAGAAAGCUUGGAACUCGAGUCUACAACGAAUUUCACCGAUUUGGGGGCAUGCUGCAUUCUUUGUUCCUUUGAAUAAAUAUAAAAUAAUAAUUUACUAA